UUUUGGAAAACUGUUGGAAAACUGCUCCGCUCCGCUCAGCUCAGCUCUCCAGUGUCCCGUUAUCGAGGCCCAGUUGUUCUUCUAGUUCCAAGCUCUCUCGCCGCGCUGCUCUCGCACACCCACACAAACAAAGGAGCCACAGCUGAGCGAGCGUCGAGGAGAGAGAAACUCUCUGUAAACAUAAAGCCACGCUCCGUUCUUGCGCAUUCGUUCUGCUCAUGUUAACUUACAGAGCAUGUUAACUUCCACUCAAUCGCUUUUACGAACACGAAUAUAUAUACGAAUACGGGCAGAGCAAAUGAAGUCUAUAUAGUUUCGCACAUCGGACCAAAAGAGCAGAAGUAUAGCCAGAAAACCGGAAAAAACGCAGCCAUCAGCACUUGAAACUUCGCCAUAUGUAGCAAAGAAAUAAAUCGAAAUAUCUGUCCAACCAACAACAAAUUAAAUCAAAACCAUGUGCUGUGCUUAAAUUUAUUAACAAACCAGACAGAGCGAGAUAGAAAAAGGAGGCCCAAGGAAAGAGCGAAAGAAAGAGCGAGAGAGAGAGCUGGACGGGGCGGCGAUUUGCGUUGAUUUUUUAGCAUGUAUUGAAUUGAAAUGUUUAACUAGAAUAACAAAUUUAGUUGUUGAUACUUUUCCAAUUGUUUGUUAAACGCUGUCGCUGGAAAAUCGAACUCUCCACCCACACAACAACACAAAACACACAACACACACGCGAAAUAAAAUCAAAUUCUUGUGAUUAAAGUGCAUUUCUAUACGUACGUUAAAUACAACUAUCCACACUCACGCAAUAUAAUAAAACGCAACGAAAGUCGGUCGAGAUCAGUAUUUGGAAUCAAAAUCUAUAUACCCCACUUGGCUGAAAACACGCAAAAUAGCAGUUUCAACGGCGAUUCUAUGAAGAUGGAAGUGCUCUCAGUACAAAAUCACAUUCAGGGAAAAUUCGGUGUUAAUAAAAUUAAAGACUGGCAAGCUGCGACGGCACCGCUGGAGGAGGAGGAGGAGCUGACAUCGGCCGUGAACGGGAACACAGCCGCCGGCGAGGGGGUUCUAGACGUGGACGAGGUGGAUGGCCAUCCGGCCUCCGUGUUGCACAUGCGACAGCACCAGGCGCUCAAUACGCGCCCACCCUCCACGCCCCCAGUGGCGGGGGGUGGUGGUGCGAUGGCCGGAGGAGGAGCCGGCGGAGUGACUACUCCCAAGCAGGCCACAUCGCCGGUGGCUGCGGCCAGUUUCGAGGUGCCCGUUAGCGGUGGCAGUGCUGCAGCCUAUCACCACGCCUACAUGACAAACGUGCUGGCCAGCACCGCCCAUCAGCAGCAUCACUACCACCACCCACUGCCCGCCUCGCCGCUCCAGUCAACGGCCGGCGCUCGAUUUGGGGCCGCCGACAACCUGGACGAUGUGAGCGCCAGUGCGGUGCGGGAGCUGUCGCAUCAGCUGCAGGCCCAGCUGCGGGACGCCAAGCGACGCCACCUGUCCUGCACCGAGGUCACGCUGCCCAACGACCUCACGCAGCGCAUCGCCGCGGAGAUCAUCCGGAUGUCGGAGCGGGAGCCGUGCGGAGAGCGCGCCUGUACGCUCUUCAUCGAGUUCGAGAGCGAGCCGAAUAAUGUGAGACGCAUUGCAUCCUUCAAGGUUGACCCGGAUACAGUGUCGAUAUUCGAGUUGUACUUGACGUUGAGGCAGGACAAGAGCGGCUGGACCUCCCUGCUGCCGCAGUUUAUAAAAAACCUCACACGUAGCAAUACUAUCAACAUCAGUCCCGACUUCACGCUGACCAAGAACAAGCUCUACUCAUCUGAGUGAGUCGCUCGACGGAGGAGCGGCAUGGAGUGCGAACCAGAAUAGCUGGGCUGCUCAAAACUCAAUCCCUCCGAACAAGAACAGUAACAGCAGCAGAUACAACAGCAGCAAUCGCAAUAGCAACAUCUAUCGGUCGUGCCCCCUUCGUCGCGACCCUCCAGAUUCACGAUCUUCAUUAUGGAUAACAAUACAGAGAGAGAGAUGAUGAUGUUUAACCGUAGAGGCAAACUUUUGGACCACAAACUAUCAACUUACUCCUGCAAAUAACAAAUCAACUCAACGCUAAAGCAAAAACAAUUAUUUUGGAACCUAAGCUCUAAAACAAAACCAAAAAACCAAAAUGAAAACAAAAACAAAUCAACUGCAGUUGCAGGCAACUCAAAACUCUUAUUGGACUGACUUUUUGGCUUAAACAAAAAAGGUACUUUUUGAAAAACGAAAAAAAUUGCAAAAAAAAAGAAGUAUUGAAAACGAGGAGAUGGAGAGUGAGGAGAACACACAAAACCAUAAGAAAUAUUCAAAAUAUUGUAAAACGUUAAGGCAGACAAGCAGAAGAAAACUUCACUCAGUGAACGGUUGUCGGGGAUCCGUUUUAAAUUGAAUACAAAAGGCAAAACCCCCGGACAGAAGUAUAGAGUAUUAACCCCAUUUGUAUGUAUGGAUGUGUGUACACCAUUACCUUGUAUCAUCAUCAUAAUCCAGAAAUCAAAUGUAGCAUAUAUAUUAUGUAUGACUUGAGUGCAUAAUGUAUAAUACAUGUUUUUUGUCACGAUUCAAUUAGGCUAUUACUUCUAAACGCAUGCAUGCAUACAUACUCUAUAUUAUGUAUUGGGAAAAAGAAAACCAACCAAUUUCUAUAUAUAUGAGAGCAAACAAUAAGAUUCGGAAGCGAUAAACCGAGGCAGAAAGUGGAAAGUUAAUAAUAACAAAUAUAAAAACAAAGUUGAUGUGAUAUUAUAUAAUAAUUAUGAAUAUUGAUAAACGCAUACACACUCACGAAUUCACUCACAUACAGAACAAAAAAACCGAUUGCAGAAUAUUUGAAAUAGAUUGGAAAUUAUUUCGAAAUUUUGUUCGAUCCCAGUUAUCUUAGAGAAAAACAAAAUUCAUGUUAGAUAAAUAGAUUCAAACAAUUCUCAAAAUAUUUCCACCUAUUUAUGAUUAAGCUCUGUAUUAUUAUUUUAAUUGAUUAUUAUUAUUUUCUUGUUUUUGUGCAGAGUUCCAAACUCUGCGAAGAAAGUGUAGCCAAGUGGCUGAAUAUACAAUAUACAUAUAUAGAUAUAUAUGAAAAAUAUUUCUAAUAUUUGAUGUGUUUCUAAUGUAAGAUUUUAAUAUUAAACAAGCAAAAACGAAAUCAACAACAAGAGAAACAAAACUCAAAUCCAGCAGAAGAUUUCAUUCAAUGUGCGUAGCUGUGUGUUUAUCUGUAGUUUAGUUAACUAAAAACAAUUGAAAACAAACAAUAACAACACGAUAUGACAAACAAACAAAAUUGAUAAGAAAGAAACGAUGAAUAUCGAUAGAAAACGGUUAUAAUAUUUAACAUAUACACAUGUAUGGAUACAUUUUGGCUAGUUAGUUGGCAAACAAAUUGUUUUGAUUAACGAAUGAUCUAAGCAGUGAAAUUAUUUAUAAAAAACAAGCGAAAAAAUUGAUGAAAAAAAUGGGUAACUAUUGUGAAGAGGUAGAAGCAAAAACUUUCGGAAAAUAUAAAGUCAUCUGUGUUAAUAAAUUUUAAAAUAAUUUUUAGCGUAGAAUAACAAAACCAAGAAGUGAAAACGUAAAGGCAAAACAAAAUUAAUCAAAUCUGUUGUAAAUAACAGAUUUCUAAAAAGCUCUCACAUACGCCACAAAAAAAAAUUACAGAUCCCAAGUAUUCGACAGGUUAAUUGUAGUUUAAACUCGUGCAUAACACACCCACAAACAAGCACACGCAAUGGCAAACAAGAAUUUAUUUAUAAAACCAAGAAAUACAAAAAAACAUUUGCAAUAAUUUAAUUUAAACUAACUAAAUACUUUUUCCAUCAUUAAUCAAUCCCACAAAGAUCUCGACUAAUAAGAUGAAGAACUCAUUAUAUGAUAAAGGAAAGAGCGGAAUGAAAAUUACACAAAAGAAAAUACAAUUUAGGUAUUUAAAACUUGCUUUAAACUUAUUUAGGUUAACCCAGGUGUAAAAUGCCAAGAACCCUCUAACGCAUAACAAAUGUUUUAGCCAUCUCAAACUCAAGUAUCGACUUUUCAGCUCCAUUCGAUCAUUAGACACAAACUCACACAUAAGCAUAUGCAUAUAUUAAAGAUAUAUAGUGUAUGUAAAUAGGGCCACCGUAGCAGCAAUAAAUGAGAAGAAAACGAAAACUUUAUAUAUACUGUAUUAACUAUUUAAAUGUGAACAUAAUUAAAGCAAGUGAAGAAAUAGAACCAUGAAUGUGAUCUAUUUAAUAACAAACAAAGUAAUCUUAAAUAAAAUUAAAUUUGCAGAAAGCGAGAAAGAAAUAUUGUAAUCAUUUCCUUUUGUUCAAUUGAUGAAAUUAUUAACAAAGUAGUUGUAGGAGAUUUUAAUUUGUAGAAUUUCCAUUAUCAUUUGCCGAACAUCUUUCCAAAUAAAUUGGUUAACGUUAUCGUUUCGAAUGUUACCAGGCUUUGUAAGAAUAUAGAAUUCGCAACGCUUUCUAUGUGGUUUUUCUUGAGCUUCUUUUUUUAAAUCGAAUAUUGUCUUUUGAAGUAGUGAAACUAACUCCAGUUUUCGGAGGAUUUUUUUGUUACGUUUUCCAUGGAUAAGUGAAAACUGUAUAGAGAUACAAAGAAAGAAAUGAAUCUUAGAUCUGUCCAGUGCUCCUCAAAGUAUUUUGUAAACAAUAAUGAUAAACCAAAAACAAAAAGAAAAGCGAAAACAAAACUCGUGACAAGUAUCAAGCCCAUAGGCAAGCGGAUAUAAAUAUGUAUUUAUGCAAGGGUAUGCGAAAAGUUCUAUAUAUGAAUGUAAAAUAGAUGUAUGGAUAUAUCUAUAUAUAUUGUAGAAUUUUUACACAUUCUAUUACAGACUACAGAGUUACCGACUAAGGCAAAUAUUACGAUUACUACUACGGCAGUACUAAUGUAUAUUUUCAAUGUAUGUGUGUGUGUGUUGUUUAAGGGAACCAAUUAAUGCAUUCAAAAAUCAAAUUACAAAUCAAUUAAACAAACGCCUCAAGUAAAAUCGAAAGCAAAUAACACUAUCCGUAAUACUAGAGACCCCUUCAAAUGCUAAACAGAUCCCGAAACUAAAUUUAAAUUAAAACUGCAUUCCAAUUGCGACCGAAAUCAGUAUGGCAUCUUUGAUUAUCAAUAGGAAGUUAAAUUCAAACGAUUAUCCCACCAUAUGCAAUCUGAGCCAGAUUUCAUUAUCAUUUUCACCUUAAGUUCAAGUUUCAGUUCAUAACUUGCUUUUCCAUCAGCUAGGAAAACUCUUACAAGUCCGAUUCCCUCCCGAAUAUUUUGCAGUUCACAUCGGCGCUUGUUUCAUUUACGACUAAUCAAAUAUUCAAGGGAAUGAUUAAUUGUUCUAAAGUACCGUUGAUGUGAGUCUCUGUUGUACAACAUAUAGUUAUGUGACGAAGUAAUGUUUAACAAAUUCCAUUAUAUAUGUGGCAAUAGGUCUAUAACGAAUAACGAGUCUAAAGCGAGAGCUGAAACGAAGGAUUGAGAGGGGAAAAUAAAAAAUAUAUAUAUUAUAUAUGUAUACCAUAUACUACCUAUAUGAUUAUGAGUGUAUGUAAUGAAGAAAAACAAAUGGAAAUAAAACAAAUUUAAAUUUUA